AAACCCCUAGCUAGCUACCCUUCUGUCCCUGUCUGAAAGUUACAUUAGCAAAACACAGCACAGAAGUACGGCUUAAACAGGAACUAUAUUAUACAUUUGGAUAUAUUCUUAUUUCUCAGCAUCAACUUAUAGUGACGUGGGUGAGCUCGUGCGGACAGACGUUAAAAGUCAGUUAAAUCGAGAGAACGGGACGUUGGGGUCCCCGCUGCAGUCUGAUGGGUUCGUGUUAACAGCCAGCAGAGCGGAGUCCGUUCAGCACCAUGGCCCUCGCUGAGGAGCAGCCGGAGAAACACUGUUGGGUGUGUUUUGCCACGGAGCGAGACGACCACAGUGCAGAGUGGGUGAGCCCCUGCAGGUGUAAAGGCUGCACUAAAUGGAUCCACCAGGCCUGUCUGCAGCGCUGGCUGGACGAAAAGCAGAAAGGGAACAGCGGCGGAGCGGUCAGCUGUCCCCAGUGUGGCACCGAAUACCACAUCACCUUCCCCAAGAUGGGCCCGUUGGUGUAUUUCCUCCAGCAGGUGGACCGAGCUCUGACCCGGGCCAGUCCGUUCGCCGCCAUCGGGGUGGUGGUCGGGACCGUCUACUGGUCCGCCGUCACAUACGGAGCUGUGACUGUCAUGCAGGUUGUGGGACAUAAGAAGGGUCUGUAUGUGAUGGAGCGAGCCGACCCUCUCUUCCUGCUCAUGGGCCUGCCCACCAUCCCUGUGGUGCUGGUGCUGGGGAAGAUGUUCCGCUGGGAGGAUUAUCUGGUGAGGCUGUGGCAGAGAUACUCCUACAAAGGGAAGCUCCCACCAGGUGGCCGGCGUUACGUGCCCCGAGUCCCUGCUGACGGGUUCGGAGCAGGAGAUCACCUCUCUGUGUCCAGGACUCUGUGUGGAGCGCUGGUCUUUCCCUCCAUCGCCAGUCUGGUGGGACGGCUGCUGUUCAGACGGAUGCCCUCUAAUCUGCAGCGCACUGUGCUGGGCGGCAUCGCAUUUGUGUUGAUUAAAGGAGCGCUGAAGGUGUAUUUCAAACAGCAGCAGUGCGUUAUGCAGAGCAGCCGGAACAUCCUCAACUACCCCGAGAGGAACGGAGACGGACAGAACGACGGUGGAGAGGAAGACACGGAGGACACAGAGGACAGUGGAAACGAAUAGUUUUACUAACGUGGAGAGAGAAGGGAAGGACAACUGUGAGAGCAGACAAGGUGGUUCAAAAGCAAAAUGUAUUUAACUAUAAAACACAAAGGUGAGUGUUUCCGUAGAGGAGGAGGAGGGGAGUUAGGGUCAGAAGAUAUAGGUGUGCUAAAGAGAAACUUCGGUAUUUUUGGACCUUAAUUUCCCAUGCAUUGGUGUCUUGAUGUCUAAUGUGUGUCUAGACGUUAAAUAAGCCGGCUUUCAUUACUCAACUUUGGCCUUUUUGUUAAAUUUACACAGAUAUAGAAAUGUUAGGAUGCCGUUAAACAGUUAACACUAGAAGGGCACUCGGAGAGCGCAGACCUCCGCCAAGACAUGACCUGGCUCACAAUGUAGAUGCAGUUGGAGUUUACCUGGCCAGGAACUCAUUUUCCCAGUUAUCCUGACGCCACAUGAAAGCAGCACACACACACA